UCCACUCCCUCUUCUUCCUCUGCCCCUUAGGGUGCCUUUGAGAAGGAGGUGUGAGGCGGAGAGCUUGAUGAGGGGAGGGCACCGGGGGCAAAGACUUGGAGGAGCUGAAAUUUCCGAGGACCUCUUCCCCCUUUCCUAUUUAGUAGUGCUUAGAACUCUUGCCAAACUGUAUUCUGCGCUCUGGAGCAAAGCGGCAGAUGGACUGGUACUGGGGAAAGAGAAGAUCGGCUGCGGGUGCUACUUCCUGUGAGGAGAAGGGAGUGGGAGUGUGUCCUGAGGCCCCGGGCAGUGCCCCUGGCUCAGUCUGCCUGGCGUGGUCUCCGUGAAGGGCAGCAGCGUCCAUGGAGCAGAAGGGAUGCCAGGAUCCCGAGCAGACGGAUGUGUGCCAGCCUCAGCACCUCCCACCGACGCGCAGAUAGCAGCCAGGGGUUGAACCAUGAUUCCGGUGACAGAGCUCCGCUACUUUGCGGACACACAGCCAGCAUACCGGAUCCUGAAGCCGUGGUGGGACGUGUUCACGGACUACAUCUCCAUUGUCAUGCUGAUGAUUGCUGUCUUUGGGGGGACGCUGCAGGUCACCCAGGACAAGAUGAUCUGUCUGCCUUGUAAGUGGGUCACCAAGGACUCCUGCAAUGACUCGUUCCGAGGCUGGAUGUCCCCCAGCCUGGAGCCCGCCUACCCCAACUCCACGAUCCUGCCGACGCCUGACACAGGCCCCACGGGCAUCAAGUACGACCUGGACCGCCACCAGUACAACUAUGUGGACGCCGUGUGCUACGAGAACCGUCUGCACUGGUUCGCCAAGUAUUUCCCCUACCUCGUGCUCCUGCACACGCUCAUCUUCCUGGCCUGCAGCAACUUCUGGUUCAAGUUCCCACGCACCAGCUCCAAGCUGGAGCACUUCGUGUCCAUCCUGCUCAAGUGCUUUGACUCGCCCUGGACCACCCGGGCCCUGUCAGAGACGGUGGUGGAGGAGAGCGACCCCAAGCCAGCCUUCAGCAAGAUGAACGGCUCCAUGGACAAGAAGUCCUCAACAGUCAGCGAGGACGUGGAGGCCACCAUGCCCAUGCUGCAGCGCACCAAGUCGCGGAUUGAGCAAGGCAUCGUGGACCGUUCGGAGACGGGGGUGCUGGACAAGAAGGAGGGAGAGCAGGCCAAGGCUUUGUUCGAGAAGGUGAAGAAAUUCCGCACCCACGUGGAGGAGGGGGACAUCGUGUACCGCCUUUACAUGCGGCAGACCAUCAUCAAAGUGAUCAAGUUCAUCCUCAUCAUCUGCUACACUGUCUACUACGUGCACAACAUCAAGUUCGACGUGGACUGCACCGUGGACAUCGAGAGCCUGACGGGUUACCGCACCUACCGGUGUGCCCACCCUCUGGCCACGCUCUUCAAGAUCCUGGCGUCCUUCUACAUCAGCCUGGUCAUCUUCUACGGCCUCAUCUGCAUGUAUACGCUGUGGUGGAUGCUGAGGCGCUCGCUCAAGAAGUACUCGUUCGAGUCGAUCCGUGAGGAGAGCAGCUACAGCGACAUCCCCGACGUCAAGAAUGACUUCGCCUUCAUGCUGCACCUCAUCGACCAGUAUGACCCGCUCUACUCCAAGCGCUUUGCCGUCUUCCUCUCAGAGGUGAGUGAGAACAAGCUGCGGCAGCUGAACCUCAACAACGAGUGGACGCUGGACAAGCUUCGGCAGCGGCUCACCAAAAAUGCGCAGGACAAACUGGAGCUGCACCUGUUCAUGCUCAGUGGCAUCCCCGACACCGUGUUCGACCUGGUGGAGCUGGAAGUCCUAAAGCUGGAGCUCAUCCCCGACGUGACCAUCCCACCCAGCAUCGCCCAGCUCACGGGCCUCAAGGAGCUGUGGCUGUACCACACAGCGGCCAAGAUCGAGGCCCCGGCCCUGGCUUUCCUGCGCGAGAACCUGCGGGCGCUGCACAUCAAGUUCACAGACAUCAAGGAGAUCCCGCUGUGGAUCUACAGCCUGAAGACGCUGGAGGAGCUACACCUGACGGGCAACCUGAGCGCCGAGAACAACCGCUACAUCGUCAUCGACGGCCUGCGAGAGCUCAAGCGCCUCAAGGUGCUGCGGCUCAAGAGCAACCUGAGCAAGCUGCCGCAGGUGGUGACGGACGUGGGAGUGCACCUGCAGAAGCUAUCCAUCAACAAUGAGGGCACCAAGCUCAUCGUGCUCAACAGCCUCAAGAAGAUGGUGAACCUGACUGAGCUGGAGCUGAUCCGCUGCGACCUGGAGCGCAUCCCCCACUCCAUCUUCAGCCUCCACAACCUGCAGGAGAUCGACCUCAAGGACAACAACCUGAAGACCAUCGAGGAGAUCAUCAGCUUCCAGCACCUGCACCGCCUCACCUGCCUUAAGCUGUGGUACAACCACAUCGCCUACAUCCCCAUCCAGAUUGGCAACCUCACCAACCUUGAGCGCCUCUACCUGAACCGCAACAAGAUCGAGAAGAUCCCCACCCAGCUCUUCUACUGCCGCAAGCUGCGCUACCUGGACCUCAGCCACAACAACCUGACCUUCCUCCCCGCCGAUAUCGGCCUCCUGCAGAACCUCCAGAAUCUGGCUGUCACGGCCAAUCGGAUCGAGGCGCUGCCCCCAGAGCUCUUCCAGUGCCGAAAGCUUCGGGCCCUGCACCUGGGCAACAACGUGCUGCAGUCACUGCCCUCGAGGGUGGGCGAGCUGACCAACCUGACGCAGAUCGAGCUGCGGGGCAACCGGCUGGAGUGCCUGCCCGUGGAGCUAGGCGAGUGUCCGCUGCUCAGGCGCAGCGGCCUGGUGGUGGAGGAGGACUUGCUCAACACGCUGCCCCCAGAGGUGAAGGAGCGGCUCUGGAGGGCCGACAAGGAGCAGGCCUGAGCGAGGCUGUGGCUAGCAGCAGCAAGACCCCGAGUCCUCAGGCCAGCCAGGCCGGGCCCUACCUUCCAGGACUCCCGGACAGCUGGCCCCGCCUCAGCGGCAGGGCUGGGGCCUGGUGUGAGCCAGGCCAGGCUCGAGGAUGGAGUCUGAGGGGCUGGCCCCUCGUGCCCUCUGAGACUCACCUGGGGUAGGCGCCUGCUGGGGAGACCAGAGACCUAGCCGGGCCCAGAGCACAGUAUUUGGACAAUCAGGGUCUCCUCCCUGGAGGCCACCUCUGUCUCAGAGGUCGUGCCCGCGCCAGAGGCCCAGGGACAUCCAGUUAGCUCUUGGUAUUUAUUUUUCUCCACCUCCCAUCUCCUCCCUCCAGGUGACUUACGCAUUCCCAAAAUGUUCGGGGCCACUGGAGGUGUGUAAGGAACGGUGGGCAGUUUUCCUCUCUUCCUUUCGGGGAUGCCACCAGCCCCGAAUGCCCGCCAGGACUGAGGCCAGGGGGUCGGGGCGACCAGGCUGCAGAGGGUCGUCCCGGUGGCCGGGGCGGCAGGACCCAUGGGUGAGCAGGCCCCCCUCGUCGCUUUGCCACAUCCCUUUUUGUGGCAGUUUUCAAUGUUACUUUUAAGUCAAAGAUUUUUUGUUUUGUUUUUUAAACUGAAAGUUGAUGGUUUGGGUAUUAAAAAGAAAAAAAUACCAGAAAAAAAAAAGAAAAAGACACUGAAGGCCAGUGAGUUGGAGUCUCAGGGUUGGGGGGUGGUUUCCCUCGGAACAGGCAGAAGAGUGAGACACUGAAUUGUAUUUCCUUCCCCUGGGGUGUGGGUGCAGGACGUCUCCGAAUCCGGUGUGACCUUGAUCCAGUAGUUCUGUUUUUCCGCUCUUCUCCUGGGGUGGGGAUUUUAUAUUUGUUUGUUUUUGGGGGGUGUUUUUUUUUUUGUUUUGUUUUUUUUGGUGUCUUGUUUUCUUUCUCCUCCGUGGAUCUUGGCAGGGACUCCUUUGUGUGGCUGUCGGCCAAAGGGAAUGUUCCAGAGCUGCCAACAAGGGAAGAGACGCGGUUGGUGACCCCCGGACAAACAGAGCUCCAUUCUCCCCACUGCCGGCGCCCUCCCCGCCCUCCACAGUGUUCCCGAGCCACGGGGCCACUCCGCCUGCACUCUCGUUUCCCCACCUCGCGCGUCACGGCUCUGCUCAGUGCCACUGCCCACCUCCACUGGUCUGGUCAGCCCUGUCACUGUGGCCAUUCCCGAAGGGCAGGCAUUUCAGGGCGGCCAGGCGCGGGGGGCUCACUGCUGGGAGGGCAGGCGGCCCCUGUUUUUUGGUUCCAAGCCAGUUUCCCGGCCAGCACCUGGUAAGGGGAAGCCACCCGCUUUAGGUCAUCACUCGGGCCGCCACUUCAGGAGGGUCCCUGCCUUAGAUCAAUCACGUGGACACUAAGGCACGUUUUAGCGUCUCUUGUCUUAACAGUUACGUCCAUUUGUCUGUCCAUUUGUGUUUCCUGCAUCGUGUCAUUGGAUGUAACCUUCAGAAAUAAUGCACACUAGCCUCUGCUAACCAUGAAGCAAUCCGUUACACAGACUCAGAUCAAAUAUCAAAUAAACCUAUAACACAACGAA